CUUAAUCCCUUUGCAAGCCCCAAGGAGGCCAAAAGCUUCACCACCUAAUCUCCUCUCCCUGGAAGCCCUUCCCUUGCUUGUGGGGUGCAACUCAGUGGGCACUGAGCCGGAGUUUAGGUCACCUCUGAAGACUGGAGCUGGGAACUUCUCCUCAGUGGGCGUGGAAAGGGAGCAGUGCUAUUUAAUGUGUACCGAGCCCUUGCAGUGUUCCAGACCCUGCGGUUAAGAGCCAGUCCCUUUUCAUCCUCUGACCAAGUAGUGGUGUUAUCCCCAUUUUACAGAUGAGGACACGGAGGUUUGUGAAGGUCAUAGGGCGGGUAAGUGGCAAGGGCAGGCCUUGAACCCCUAGCCCUCACAGUGAAUUGCUCUUGAAUAUGGCAGGGGCCAGGCCAGGCCUCUGGGACCAGCAAGUGCAACACCUCCGCCCCAUUAAAAUCUUAUGAACAUAUAAUAUACACAUGGUAAUAUGUGCACAUCAAAAGUGUAUACCAGAUCCAGAAACAGAACUUCCCCCAGGAAUGUCCUCCUGCCCCUCCCAGCAGCAGUCGCCCUCUGGAGCCAGCAGUGGGUCCCAUGUCUCCCAGAGGCAGUGCCACAUCCAAAAAACUUCAGGAGGGAGGAGACAGGCGUGGAGAGAUUGCCCACGUCCCUGGCUGGAAGUGGCACCCGGUUCCAUCCUCACUUGGUGGGUGCACACACCCAGCCCAACUGUCACAUUCCUCAACUACACUUCUUCACCCCACGCCCUCUCCUUGGGCUUCAGGGAGGCCUUUGUGAAGCACCCGAGGUGCCACGCUGCUGCGGCCCGCAGAGGCGCUGCCAUGGGGCUUAAGCUGUCCUGCCUGAAAGGCUUUAAAAUGUGUGGCAGCAGCAGCGGCAGCCAUGACGAGGCCCCCGUCCUGAGCGACAAGCACCUGGACGUGCCCAACAUCAUCAUCACCCCCCCGACCCCCACGGGCAUGAUGCUGCCACGGGACUCCAGGCAGACAGUCUGGCUGGAUGAGACAGGGUCGUGCCCAGAGGAUGGAGAAAUGGACCCCGAAGCCUGAGGAGGAAGCGCAGGUCGGAGCUUGUCCUCCCCGGCUCCUCCAGCCACCCCCAACUCCACAGGUCCUGGGGCUGUGACUGCCUGGGACAGAGGCGCUGAGCACCCCCAAGGCUGGAUGGGAGAACGGAGGAUUCCGGUGCCUGACCAAUUGCAAUGCGGGGAGAAGAGGAAGGAAUCAGCCAGCCUGCCUGCUUCCAGAGCCAUGUUUCCGGACCCCGCCGUGCGGACCAGACUUCUCACACCCACAUGGUCCUGGUGACAGCUGCCAGGGUGGCAGGGACAGGCUUUCUUCUGGACAAACGUACCCUCCCUGAGCCCUGGGCCAUGCAGAUGGGUGCGCACGAGGUCAACACACAUGAGAACUUGCAGAGUGGCUCCGUAUUUUUACAAGUUGUUUUACAGACAUCAACACAGUCCAAAAAGUGAUUUAUAAUUCCUUUUUUGCAUUAUGAAUAAAGGUCAUCGGUUACGAGCAGUGAA